AUGCUGCCGGAAGGAGAGCACCUGCGGGUCCUCAAGCUUGAGCCCGGACGAGGCGACGACCCGCUCCUCUGCCAUCUGGAAGUCCUGUCUGUGAAAGACGCCUGGCGCAAGUACGAAGCCAUCAGCUACGUCUGGGGAAAUCCGGACGACACGCGCUACAUUGUGUUGGACGGCCACGAGCUCCCGAUCACCACGAGCCUGUAUGAUGCGCUGAAGCACUUCCGCAACCCCGAGACGGACGUGACGCUCUGGGCGGACUCGGUGUGCAUCCAGCAGUCGAAUCCGCCGGAGAAGGGUCGUCAGGUGCAAUUGAUGGGGAAGAUCUACGAAGGGGCGGCGAGAGUGCGGGUGUGGCUGGGCGUCGACAAG